AGGAGCGAAAUUUUUUGAGUUUCCCUCUUUCAAAGAGCGCAAAAAAAAUCCCCCUCCCAAAAACCAACAUAAACCAAAAUUUAAUUUCCUCUAAGAAAAUCUGAAUCUCCACAACAACACAAACAAUGAAAUUCAAAGCAUUCCUAACCGAAACAGGAAUAAACCUCCUCGAAAAACGCUUCAUCCCUUCCCUAGAAAAAACCUCCAAAACCUGCCACAUCCUCUUCACAAAAACCCACACACUCUUCCUCCACAAUCUCCUCAACGGCGACGGAAUUCAAUCCAUUGCACAAUUCACCAACCAAAUCCUCUUCGAUGAUUACCGAAUCUCAAGCCAAAACGACGAUCGCAUCGCCUUCGUUAUCGAUCUCUCUCUUCUCCUUCGUGCGCUUCGUAGUUCCGUUGCUAUUUGUUCUGAGUAUUCUUCAGUUGUUAAUAAUCGUCUUCAGAUUAAGCUUGUUAAGAAAGUUAAUCAGAAUUGUAGUGUUGCUGCGCCGUUUUUGACUUUUGAAACGCGUGGUUUUAAAUCUGCUGUUGUUCAAGAUAUUCCUAUUUCUAAACCUUUGUCUAGGGCUCAGGUUGUUGAACUUCAGAAUGCGCUGGAUAUGGCUCAGGAUAUUCCUCAAACGCUUAUUCAGGUUCCUGAUUUGAAUCAGUUGCUUAACUUAGUGGAUCGGAUGAAACAUGUUGGCGAUGCGGUCAACGUGUCCAUAAGUAAGUAUGGGGAUUUGAGGGUGCAGGUUUCAACCACAUUGAUCAGCCUUGGAGCUGAGUUUCGAAAGCUGUUGGUGAUUGGAGAACAAGCAAAUGCUCCAGCUGAGGAUCAAAAUCUCAGUGCUCAGACACGGUCUUCAAGGUCGAUUUUGAGAGGGGAUGCUCAAUCAGUGCAGGUGAGCGUUAAGCACUUUGCUAAAAGUCUGCAGUGUCACUUGGCCAAACCGGAUUGUGCUUUCUAUGGUAUUGCUCCUCAGGGCAGUUGUUUGACAGUGAUAUUCCAAUUCUUCAUCCCCGGUACCCAUCAGACUGAUAAAUCAAUCAGCUAUCAUUGCAGGCUCCCUGUACUUGACCCUGGUACUGGUUAAAAUCCAAGACUCUUUCGACUUUGUAAAUUCUGUUUUUGAUGAGCUUAGCAGUUCAUUUGGGGAAUUGUCAAUUUGAUAAACUAACUGCUUUGGAAUUAAGACCAUGUUUAUGUUAAACCAAUAUAAUUUGUAUCAUGACUUAGCAAAUGCCAUGGCUAUAUAACUUGCCUAGGACCAGAAUGUAGCUUCGAGGAGGACAGAAUUGCUGCUCCUCCGCCGUUCUUUAGAGCUAUUACAGGUGGUGGUUGUGCUUUUUAACAUGAAUAACUAUCUUCAUGCCACCAAAGCAAAAUCCUUUGCCACUUAUGAAACAGUAAUGGCGAGUCACAUUCAAUGGAACAUCUCUUCCAGCCCCAGUUGCCCAAUUGUAAAUUGGAUGACGUGAGUUACAAGUUUCAUAAUCUCUUUUGUUCACUUCUACCACUUUAAUUUGGUUCCUAUCAUUCGCAAAAACUCUAAAAUGAAAGAGUUCACAUUCUCACUUAUGAAAUUGUAGUCACAAAUCACAAAU